GCCGUGGGCGGAGCGUCGGCCUGCCGUGUCCGUCGACCUCGACCGCGGCCGUCGCUGGGUCCGCACCGAGGUGGACGGCGUCCGCGCCGCGUCGCUCCCUGCGCGGCACCGCCUCCGCGUGGAGGGAAACCGGUGGCAGCGGGACUGGAAGGUGUCCGAGGUCGCCGCGCGUGUGCUCGCGCUGCCUCCUGCCGACGCGCACGCCGUGGACGCCGUGCUCAACUGCUGGGCCGGUCGCUUCGCACGCCGCAAUUUCCCGCUGCUCAUCCGCGAAAUUACUAUUUCUGGAUCCUUGAAACAUGCUGUACAUGUGUUCCGCUGGAUGAAAAUUCAGGAGAACUACUGUGCUCGCAAUGACAUUUAUGGCAUGAUGAUUAGGCUACAUGCUAGACACAAUCAGGUUGAUCAAGCGCGUGGCCUGUUCUUUGAGAUGCAAGAAUGGCGGUGCAAGCCUGAUACUGAUACAUACAACUCUUUGAUCCAUGCUCAUGCUCGAGCUGGCCAGUGGCGUUGGGCCAUCAACAUUAUGGAUGAUAUGCAACGUGCUGCUAUACCUCCUAGCCGAACUACAUAUAAUAAUGUUAUAAAUGCAUGUGGGGCUGCUGGUAACUGGAAGAAAGCUUUAGAACUUUGUAAGAAGAUGACUGAAAAUGGUGUAGGACCAGAUUUGAUCACGCACAACAUUGUCUUGUCUGCUUUCAAGAAUGGAGCUCAGUAUUCAAAAGCUAUAGCUUACUUUGAAAUUAUGAAAUCCUCUAAAGUUGCCCCUGAUACAUGCACUAUGAAUAUUGUGAUCCAUUGCCUUGUAAAGGUUGCACUGUAUGGGGAAGCUAUUGAGUUGUUUAACUCAAUGAGGGAAAGAAGAACAAUAUGUCCUCCAGAUGUUGUUACAUAUACUAGCAUAAUGUAUUCUUAUUCUGUUUGUGGGCAAGCUGAAAAUUGCAAGGCGGUCUUUGAUAUGAUGGUUGCUGAAGGUGUCAGACCUAAUAUUGUAUCCUACAAUGCACUGUUGGGUGCUUAUGCCUCGCAUGGUAUGCACACAGAGGCCUUGGAGACUUUUAAAUUACUGAAGCAAAAUGGGUUCAAACCUGAUAUAGUUUCGUAUACCUCCUUACUUAAUGCUUAUGGUAGAUCUGCACUACCUGAGAAGGCUAGGGAGGUCUUUAAUGAAAUGAGGAAGAAUGCAUGCAAGCCAAAUAAAGUCAGUUACAAUGCACUUAUUGAUGCUUAUGGAUCUGCUGGAAUGUUGAAGGAAGCCAUUAGUCUGCUGCAUGAAAUGGAGCAAGAUGGCAUUCAACCGGAUGUUAUUUCAAUAAGUACUCUGUUAACAGCAUGUGGCCGCUGCAGGCAGCCAACUAAAAUUGGCAUAAUUCUUGCAGCAGCUAAGUCUCGAGGGAUCCAACUAAAUACAGUUGCUUACAACUCAGGCAUCGGAAGCUAUUUAAGUUUGGGAGAUUAUAAGAAAGCUUUGGAGUUGUACACGUCAAUGAGGACAGGCAAUGUGAAGCCCGAUGCUGUGACUUACAAUAUACUCAUUAGUGGAUCUUGUAAAUUGGGAAGGUAUGUAGAGUCUCUGAAUUUUUUUGAAGACAUGAUGGACCUGAAUAUUCAUUUGACCAAGGAAGUCUACUCGUCCGUGAUUUGUUCAUAUGUUAAGCAGGGAAAACUAACUGAAGCAGCAUCUACUUUUAAUUCUAUGAAAGAAUCUGGAUGCUUCCCUGAUGUUUUGACAUAUACAACAAUGAUUAAGGCCUAUAGUGAUGAUGGGAGCUGGAGGAGAGCAUGGGACCUAUUCAAAGAGAUGGAAAGUAAUGACAUACAGCCAGAUGCUAUUGUCUGUUCAUCCCUCAUGGAAGCAUUGAAUAAGGGAGGUCAACCUGAAAGGGUCCUUCAGUUGAUGGAAUUCAUGAAGCAAAAACAGAUUCAAUUGAACCAAAAGGCUUAUUUUGAGAUAAUAUCUUCAUGCACCAUGCUACGGGACUGGAAAACAGCAAGUCAAAUAAUCGAACAUUUGGAUUCCUCUCUCUCAUCGAUUUCUUUUGGCACACUAAACCAUAUUUUAAAUUUUCUUGGAAAAUGUGGCAGGACAGAGAGCAUGAUGAAGCUGUUCUAUAAGAUGGUGACUGCAUGCUCUACUGUGGGCCUUUCUACUUAUACGAUUCUGUUGAGAAAUCUCUUAGUUGUGGGGAAAUGGAGAAAGUAUGUUGAGGUUUUGCAGUGGAUGGAAGAUGCUGGAAUCUGUCCAACACUCUAUAUGUAUCAAAAUGUGCUUCCAUAUAUCUGGAGAGACAACAGCAUGGACUAUGUUACUCUCAUGCAAGAAAAAAUAAAUGCAUUGAGAGAGAAGGUAACAUGAGCUUCAGAUAUGCAUUUGCUUGCUUGGUAUCAAGUACUCGAAGUCCAUAACCGAGUACUGGACAGCUUCAGAGAGAAGUAGCUUCAGAAUGACACUAGCAACAUUCAGGUAGGACAUGAUUGUGAGUCUGCCCUAGUUGGGAUUGAGGCAGCUGAUUCCUCUUCAGAAAAAAUAAUGGAUAUGGUAAGACUUCUCUAAUAUAAAUGAGUUCACAAAUAUUCCCUGUUUCUUGCUAUAAGCUGUCGCCUUACCAAUGUACUCAAUCCAUUCCAUAUUAUAAGACGUUUUGCCUUUUCUAAAUUCAUGACUUUUGUUAGGCACUUAGACAUACACUAUGUCUAGAUACAUAGUAAAAGCAAUGUAUCUAGAAAAAGCCAAAACAUCUUAUAAUUUGGAACGCAGGGAGUACUUCUUAGGGACUUCAAAAAACCGAAGAAAUGGACAUGUUUCUACAAUUGGUAAAAGGUUGUCACAUGUGAAAUGGAUAGCCUCAUGAAUCAUUUGCUUCUAAUGAUCACAGUAUUUGGCCCAUUUGUUGCUCGUAUAGCUUGGCUCAGAAAAACCAUGUUACUCUUGUAGUUCGAAGUCUUCUUUUUUUCCACUGAAGAGUUUAGAUUUUUGUCUAAGUCACUGUGACAGCAGUUCUACGACAUCGUAAUUUAUCAAGCAAGCAGUUUUCCCA